AUAGCGGUUAUGUAGUUUAUGAGGAUGUAUGACUUCUCAUGACAUUAGUUUUGACAUUAGUUUUGAGAGGCUCGGUUUCAUUUGGGUUUGAAAGAGAGCCCUGCCAUCUUGUCUACGUGAGGUUUUAUUAAUUUCUUGAUGCCCAAUUACGACACUUUUUUUCAUGACAUUUGAUUUGUCAUGUUUGGGAUAAUUUUAGUGAUAAUAUCUUCUUUUCCUUUUUGUUUCUCCUCAUAAGAAAGGAAUCCUAAUUUGACUUUGAAACCUUUGCAAGGAGGAGAGGAAAAGACCGAUCCUCAUCACUUGCAAUCUCAGAUGGAUAGAUGGUCUUAGGCAGAAAGCAUUCAAUUCCCUAAAGAGAAUCAGUGUCAGUAUAGAUCUACAAUAGAGGAACCAACCUUCUAAUAGCCAAUUCCUUUUCCAAAUGGUCAGUGUCGUUCAGGAAAUAAGAGAAAGUGGGGAGGAUGAAAGGUGGGAUGGAAAGUGAAGAAAACUUUGAGACUUUAUGAGAAGGGAAGGAGACAAAUUUACACUUUUUAGCUACUUUUUUCCUAAUUUUCCUUCUCUCUCUUAUCCAACACAGCCUCUUGAGAUCUGCACAAUCCUAUAAUUGAUGAAUUGCCUAUUUAAAUUCUAUAAUUGGUCUAUCGGCAGCAUGUUGAGUAGGGGUAUGAUUGGUACGAAAACGUCAUAAAAUAAGGUAUGAUUGUCCUAGGUUCCUCUUUGUUAGCCUUUUUAUUUAUUACCUCAGGUCUGAACUCUGAUUCAGUUACAUGCAAACAAAGGGCAUAGUUGAAUUGGAAAAUUUAAAUUGCAAGGAUUACAUUGGGAAUAACCUUAUGUGAUGAUGUCUAAAGAUGAUAUGGGGAUGACCAUUAUUCCUUUGAUAGGGUGAUCUUGCACUUAUAUCUUCAAGCUUUAAAAAAAUAUACCAAAACAUAAAAGAAUCCUUUAGAACUGAAAUCUCUUUUAUCUAGAGCUUUCUAAUGAAUUAAAAUACAAUGGAUUUGUAUUCAUCAAGAUCAAGAAAAUGGCAAAAUGGUGAUUUGACAGCUUAAAUAGGGAUUAUUAGGAUAGUUCACACUGAUCAGAAUUUUCUGGGCUGAUGGCUCCAUGAUGGUAGGGGUAUGUUCUGUAAGUUAAUUGAGUCGAAGGUUCUGUAGGUUCAAGUUGUCCAUAGGGACCUGGAUUCCUUUUGGUGUCUUUUGAUUUAAUGCCUUUUUCUUGUACUCAUUUCUUGUUCACUAUAUUUAAAUGCAACAUUUCAGACUUUUCCUUCUAUGAUUCUUGCAUGGAUGUCUUGAGCUUUUAAUUGUGGUUUAGCUUGUGUAUAGCAUUAGUUAUAGAAACUUGGUUCAUAUGGUUUCUUCAUAGUUCUUUAUUUGUAAAAGGAGGAUUUUUCAAUUCCUCUCUGUUUUUGUUUGACAUGGAAAGAGCAACAUAAGAGCCUUUAAAAGUAGUUUGCUGUUUAUAUUUUCUGAAAAUUGGUUUGAAAUUGUACACUUUUGGUAUGCUGGAAGCGCAUGCAUGUAAAUGCACUGAUUGCAUGGUAGAUGAUUUGCCCUGUAGCCAACCUCUUUUUGCAUAUGGCUUUGCACCCCCUUGGUGCGCUAUAGUCAUUAUAUGUUCACCUUCCCCCCACACCUAGCCAGGAAAAAAAAAAAAAGGAAGAAAGAUGGAUAAAGGAAACUGACAGUCAGGUGCCAUAAAUUUGUUCAUGUGCUUGUUUCAUUGUUUGCUGAUCAAAGUUUGCCAUACUGUGAGCAAGACAGAAAAUGGAUGUGAACUCUAUUAGAGAUGCAUUUGAUAGAGUCACUAAAAAACAGAAGCUUUCAUAUUCCAAGACCCAAGAAGUGAUUGAUCAAAUUACUCGAGAAAUUUCGGACUCAAUAGAGAAAAUUCGGAAUGCUCAUAAUUCUGACUCUUGCUCAGACUACAAAGCUUUACUUGCUGAUCUCAAGACCAAGAUAAAAGAGAUAGCUCCAGGGACCCUCUUAGAAGGCACGCAGAAGGAAUUGAAUGUUGCACUUAGCAAGUAUCCGAAGCUUCUAGAAAAGUCCUUUAAUCCAGAUAUAUCUAAGGCUUACAGAAAUGUUGACCUUGAUACAGCCACAGUUAACUACGUAAUUGCAAGCCAUUUCUACCGACAGGGUCUUUUUGAUGUCGGCGAUUGCUUUGUUACUGAGGCGAUGGAGCCAGAAUCCAUUGCUUCAAUAAGGUCUCCAUAUGUAGAGAUGUACCAGAUACUUGAAGCAAUGAAGAGUCGAAAUCUAGAACCAGCACUGAAAUGGGCUACUUCCAACUGUAGUAAACUUAAAGCAAAUGGGUCCGACCUUGAAGUAAAACUUCAUCGAAUGCAGUAUGUGGAGAUAUUACAAAGUGGAAACAGAGACGAGGCCCUUAAGUAUGCAAGGAACCACUUGGCAAAUUUUGCAUCUGACCACUUCAUUGAAAUUCAGAAGCUUAUGGGUUGUCUCUUGUGGGCUGGAAAGCUUGAACAGUCCCCAUACCCUGAUUUACUAUCCCCUGCUAACUGGGACAAGUUGGCUGAAGAACUAACAAGGCAGUUUUGCAGUUUUUUGGGACAAUCCUUUGAGAGCCCUCUGGGCGUGACUGUAGCUGCUGGUGUCCAGGCUUUGCCACCACUUUUAAAGUAUAUGAACGUGUUUUGGGGAAAGAAGCAAGAGUGGCAGUCAAUGAAGCAAUUGCCGGUUCCAGUUGAGUUGGAUGAUGAGUUUCAGUUUCACUCCAUAUUUGUGUGUCCGGUGUCCAAGGAGCAAGCUACAGAUGAUAAUCCGCCAAUGCUAAUGCCCUGUGGACAUGUUCUCUGCAAGCAGUCAAUAGUGAGGAUGUCAAAGAACCUCUCCAAGACCUUUAAGUGCCCCUAUUGUCCAACUGAUAUCGACUCAAAUUUCUGCAAGUCACUGUAUUUCUGACUUGUGCCACUUGUAUUACAUAGAUGUACAAGUAUCUCUCUCUCUCUCUGUCUCUCUCUCUCUCUCUCACAGUUGGACCAAAUUGCAUGUGCAUAAACUAGUUGUGUACCCACGAAAGGGUGACAAUCGUGAUCAAUUGUUCCUUACUGUUGGCAGCAUAUGUAAAUAGACAUUCUUUUGAUGUAUUCAUGUGGGAAUGGAAAUGCAAGCUGGUGUCUUGACAUUAGAUGG